AUGGAGGAAAGAGGAAGUGUAGAGGUGCUCAGCCCUGACUCCUGUUCCUCCAAACAAAUGACUAUUGCUGUCAGAGCAGAUGAUAAGCAUCUAUUAGGGACCAUGUACACAAAUCUGAUGCCAGAAAGGCAUCAUGCAAGAGUCCCAGAUAGGAAUCCUAGGUAUGAGAUGCAUGAUCUAAAGCCUUUGCUGUAUAUAAGAAACACAUCCAACAAGGCAAUGUGAACACAUGAAUCUGUUUCCAUGUGCAGAUUUUUCUUUUUGCUCAGGGCUUGCACAUCUAUACCUAUUUAAUGCUUAAGAUGCUUUAAAAGACUUCCUUUCAAACUUCCUUCAUUGUAAAGACCUAUUCACACUUAUUUUGCCAUAAAGCCCAUUAGAAACAGAGGGACUUACUCAAGUAAACAUACUGUACAUAAAACUGAAUUUUAGUAAAGUCUUUGUUAAUACUAAUACUUGUACACUAAUACUUGUGAGAACACUUGCCAAAUGUAGAGAGGUGUCUGAGUUGAACCUGGCAACACACAUAGCACAAUCCUAUGCAUGUUUACUCAGAAAUAAGCCCCAGUGUGUUCAAAAGGCUUACUCUGGUAAAUUGGAAUAGGAUUGCAGCCUAAUAGGAACUAUGAAUUGUCCAAAAUCCAUUGCCUAAAACUGCUGCCAAAGCCCUUUCAAAACAAAAUUCCAGUAGGGUGCCUUCCUUCCCCACGUUUUUGCAUUAUUACACAAAACAAACAGAAUUAAGAUCGUGAUAAAUAUUUUAGCAGUCGUCUUGUUGCUUAACAUCAGGUUUUCUGUUCUGAAUCCUUUUUCAGCAAUUACUCAGGCAUGGUCUUGUGCUUUGCAGAAUUAGGAUCUUAGCUGGUCAUGUCUCCCCACCCUCAAGCAAUACAGGAAAUGGUUGUUUAUUAUAGAAUAAAUCUCUGGCAAACAGCUGGCUGCUGCUCUAAUGAAGCAACUUGGGUAUGAUGAUUAUAAAAUGUAAACAGAAAUGGGUCAUAUUCCCCAUUUGCUGGAAAGAUGACAGAUGAUACUGCCCAAGACCUUCUGGCUGCCUGAUUGUCUGUUGCGGGGGGGAGGGGAAUAAUGUAUAAUGAUGGCAUUCAUUAUUAUGUUAAUAAUGAAUAGUAAUAGUAACAAUAAUGUUUAUUAUUGCUAUCAUUAUUAUUUCCCCUAUUUUUCCCCCCAGGAGUAAUUUAACAUUGAUCCCAAGAGAAGAGAGAAGUUUCUAUCUAAUUCACCCACAAAGGUUUCAUCUUGGCAUAGAAAAGGAUUAGAGAAUAAUAAUAGAGGAAUUGAUUCACAUGCGUUAGAGGGUUAAACCUGGCAUCUUCAGAGAUCAAGCUGGGGGAAUAAAAAAUCAGAAGAUAUGGAAACCUCAGAAUGUAUAGCAGAACUGCGGAGGGAAACCUGAGAAGGGGCAAGCAGGCAGGAGUAAAUGCAAGGAAUGGGGCCCAAAUUUUGGGGUUUGUAGUUAAUGAAGUUGAAUAGGUGCAAAAUUGAGUCAGAGGGAAUGGCAACAUUGCCUGUAAUUUGGGCAAUGAUCUCACCAGGAGAGAGGUCUUGAUUGUGGAGUGACCCAUAAAAUUUCUCUGGAUAUUAUAGGAACAAUUGUUGCUGUGGGGGUUUGUCACUAUGCAAUUGACAUCCAACUAUUUUUUUAUUUCCAUUUAAUCCAGGUGAUACAGCAGACGCACCAAAGAGGUGCUUACAGUCAAUAAUGGGACAGUUGAUUUGAGGGCUAGUGAACUGAAGCCGAAUUAAAAUAAGAUGGAGAUAAUAUAGGUAGGUGGAACCAGUGCUUUUUUCCCAAAAAAAUGUUUAGGGAUACUCUCACUUUGACUCAAGAAAAUUGGGGAAAAUAAAUACAGUAAAUGGAUAAAAGUACAAAGAUUCACAAAAUAUUUAGGGGUAUGCGUAUCCCCAGAAAAAAGUACUGGGUAGAAUGACUGUGGAGAUUCUAGUCAGCUUGUAGUGGAUGUGGUUCCAACAUCCAUGGUUUCACUCCAGUCAGGAUUGCUCCUCAAUCCACCAUUGCUGUUGAAUGCCCAAGUGGCCCCUUUUCCCAACUUUGGUGUGCUGGCUGCAUCCCCUCCCAAAAAAUGAAUGAUGCAGCCACAGUUAUCCAUGCUCUAGCAGCAUCCAAGCUUCACUGCUGUAAUGGGUAAUUCCAUGAAAAUGUCAACCUAUGGACCCAUUUUUUCAUUUUCAUACACAGUUAGCAUGUUCUGUGUUAUUUUAACAAUAAUUUCCCAAAGUUUCUUGAUCUGGCCACUAUUUUUCAAAGCGGCAUUUUUCACGUAAGUAAAAAGUUAAAAUUAAAAGCCCCAGAAGCAUGGCAUGUGAGAUGUCUCAGAAUUUUUUUAUCUUCCCCUCAAACCUUCAGUUAAUGACCUCUACAAGGAAAUAGGUUAAUGACCCUUUAAUGUACUAAUGGUUCUGCUUUCUCAUUUCAUAAACUAAGAAUAAAUUUUAUGUUAGGAUCAAAAUCCGAUGAGCUUAGAGCAAUACGGUACAACUUAUAUUGGCUUAGUGUGUUAUGUAGGUCACAACAACACAUACAUAGCCUAUAGAGAUGCAAAAAAAUUACCUCAGAAGAUGAAGGUCUCUUGCCUUAUUGUAACCAUCUCCACUCCUUAACAAUGGAGAAUUAGGUAGCCAGCUCAAAGAGAAGUCAGGGCUCCUGCACCUUUAAAAAUAGUAUGAAAACUACACUUUCUUGCAACUAUUGCAAUUUCAUCUUUCUUGCAACUAUUAAAUCCCACCUGUUCAGAAUACAUACUCUAAGCUGUCAGGGGUUUGAAUAGAUGAAUUCCUUUUCUUCCUUAGCCUUCCAUUCCCCGUUUUUUCUUUUCUGGUUUUGUGUUCAGCUGAACAUGAACAUUUUGUAUCUUAAAAGUACUCUCAGUCACAGUCUUAUUAGCAGACUUGCAGUCUGCCUGACUUUUCUUUAGGUCCCAACCCCAGGUCAACAGCUAUCAACAUUCUGUAAACUCAGAAGCUCCUAACAGCCAGUUUAGAUAUAUUUAAAGCACAUUCUUCCCCAGAUGAAUGUAGAGAAUGUAGAUGAAUGUAGAGAAUGAGAACUGUAGCUUGUUAAGCAUGUUGGGGACUGUAGCUCUGUAACGGGGAACUGCAGUUCCCAUAAUUAUUCAGGGGAAGCCAUGUGAUUUCAGUGUACAUUGAAUUAACUUUAAACUACAUUAUGUUUGGGUGUCCUCAUUUCACUGCCAAAUUGAUUGCCAGUUAACCACCUAAGUUUGCUGUUAGAGGGAGUGAUUGCUCUGAAUAGUAAUACUCUGCUGACAAUCCUUCAUAAUCCAAAGCAGCCUUGUAUGCAGAAGGUCACAGCCUUCUGCAGCACAUAAUAAGAGUUCAUCUGCUCCUCAUAAAAGGCAGUUCCAGGCAAAGAUGUUCCUCAGUGCAUUGCAUUACAUAGGCAGCAGUUUCCAAAUGGCCCAACAACAAAAUUGCUGACAGCAUGGAUAGCUGUGCAUGGAUGCAAAUCCUUGCAGAAUGGGGCAGAAAUGUUCUUAAAAGUCAAAAGAAACUGUUGUCUGGCUGAAGAAAAUUGUACUUGGAAGAACGAAGCUUUUUAGCUUAGAACUCUGAUGUCAUACAAAACCCAAAGAUUUUGCAGGUACUGUUCUGGUAAAUAUAGUCAUAUUUGAAAACAUCUGCAGAACUCCAACACCCAAUAUAUUUGUAAGAUGUACUGAGGGCUCAGUUUAGGUAAACUGGAAAUGUAAAAACAAAAAUUGAGUAUGUAUGUAUGUAUUUGAAUUUCUAAACUAGCCUUCAUCAGGUAGAGAUCCCAGGGUGGAUUAUAAAAUGGUGAACAAACAAACAAAUAACAGUUAACAUUAAUAAAACCCCGAACAAGACAACUACAGUGUCUUAAAAUUGUUGCAGACAGCAAACACAGUAGCUCCAUAAAGACUUUGGACCAUUUAAUCAGAUUCUGCCCAAAGGCCCGCACCCCAAUAAUGUAAUAGUUACCCACGCCUCUCUUAAAUUUCUGGCACACAGUUUCACCAGUAAAAGCCACAGCAGAAGCUUUUGCCAAUAUAAAUAAAAUUAAAACCAAAUAUCCCACAAGUGUGGGUGUGCAGAGAGCUGGAUUCAACCCUGUCCCUCCAGCCACUCUUUUUUUCUGUGGAGCUAGUUCUGGAUUCACACAGCCCACCAUGGAGCUUCUUGGUCAGGGGUGGUGCCAAUGUUUAGGCUGGCCGGAACCUGAAAGCCCCAGGCAGGCAGCAGAAUAACGACCAGCAACUGGAACUAGUCUGCACAAAAUACUUUAUAUACAGACCUUUAGAAUAUACCAGGAAUCCCAGGAAAAUGGCUCAGAAUUAGGGUUGCCAACUGGCCAGAAUAAUAAAGUAAAAAAGAUAGUUCUGGCAUUCUCCAUUCUCCUUAACAGAUUUAAUAGGUAGCAACUUGAAAAAGUUUUUAAAUGGUAUAGAUCAAAACACUAGGUAAAAGUUAAAGGUGAGGACCCCAGGAUGGUUAAGUCCAGUCAAAGGCAUCUAUAGGGUGCAGCGCUCAUCUUGCUUCAGGCUGAGGGAGCCGGCGUUUGUCCACAGACAGCUUUCUGGGUUUUGUGGCCAACAUGACUAAACCACUUCUGGAGCAAUGGAACACUGUGACAGAAGCCAGAGUGCACGGAAACACUGUUUACCUUCCCGUCGCAGCAGUACCUAUUUAUCUACUUGCACUGGUGUGCUUUUGAACUGCUAGGUUGGCAGAAGCUGGGACAGAGUAAUGGGAGCUUACAAAAGGUGGCAACCAUACUAUGUAGUGAGCCUGUUUGAAAGAAGGCUAUUCUGUGUUCAGCAUUUAUCUUGAGGAUUUUUAGUGCAGAGAUUAACAUCCCAAUCUUAACCCAGAUGUACAGUAAAGGGAAAGGGAAAGGGACCCCUGACCAUUAGGUCCAUUCGUGACCGACUCUGGGGUUGCGGCACUCAUCUCACUUUAUUGGCCGAGGGAGCCGGCAUACAGCUUCCAGGUCAUGUGGCCAGCAUGACUAAGCCACUUCUGGCGAACCAGAGCAGCGCACGGAAACACCGUUUACCUUCCCACCGGAGCGGUACCUAUUUAUCUACUUGCGCUUUGACUUGCUUUCGAACUGCUAGGUUGGCAGAAUCAGGGACCGGGCAACGGGAGCUCACCCCAUCGCGGGGAUUCGAACCGCCAACCUUCUGAUGGGCAAGUCCUAGGCUCUGUGGUUUAACCCACAGCGCCACCCGCAUCCCAGAUGUACAGUAGUCAGAAGUAAAUUCCACUUGGACACUCCAGAGUAGAAUGGCAUUGAAACCGGCUCCAUUCGACAAGGGUGGAAUUUUGGAGUAAACAUGCCUAGGAUUGUGAUGCAAGGUGACACCCACACCCUACACUUAAAGCACAUUUAUAUCCCAUAAAAAGUCAUGGCUUCUUGCAAAUAACACUGGGAACUGCAGACUUGUAACAGAGCUACAAAUCCAAGCAUCCUACAGUUCUCAAGCUUCCUUGGGGAAAAGGUGUGGUGUGGAUGUGGCCUAAAGAGAAACCAGCUGCUCUACAGCACACCCAGGGAGCACUGCCACAUACAGAAUGUAACAAGUGGAUCCUUUUUCGGUGCCCAUUGGGCUCAAGACUGACAUCCGCAAAACAGCAGAGCUCUAUGCACGUUUACUCAGAAGCAAGUCCAGUGAAAGCCAACGGGGCUUGCUCCCCGGUACGCGUGCAAAGGCUCUUUUCCAGCCUUUCCGCUGACUUGGGACACGUUUCUGAAUGGCGCGUGCACACGACCGCCGCCCCACGCGUGUUUACUCAGAAGCGAGUCCCUCCGAGUUCCACCGAGCCAGCGGAGGAGGAAGGCGGGUCGUCACGCACGCCCUUUGUGACGCAGCGCCGCCCGCUAAACAGGGACACCCGCUCGCCGCCGUUAGAAGCUCGUAGAAAAGGAGAGCGGCUGCUCGGUGACGUCACCGGCGGCUCCUUUGGCCGCUGACGCUUUAAAAGGGAAGCGGGGGCUCUGCGCUGGAGGAUCGGCUCAGUUAUCGCCGCUCAUUGCCGAGUUCCCCCAGGAAGUACGGCUGACGGUGAGUUCCCCCAGCCUGCCGGUAGAGGGAGCAUGUGCGCCUUCUCAGCGGAGCGCGCGCGCGGGAGAGGAAGGCUCCCCUCGGGAGGGUCUGGUGAACCGCGCCUUCCCCCAACCUGGUGCCCUCCGCGUGUGCUGGACAACCAACUCCCGGCAACCCAGCUGGGGGUGAUGAGAGCUGUAGCUGGUGGAGGGUGUUAAUCGCUUAAGCCGCUUCGAGGUCUUUUGGGUCACGGAGCGGUCUAUAAGUGGAAAGAGCGCACAAGCAAAUAAAGUCGCUCCUCUUCCGCUUUAUUUGUGCUCGCGCUUUGCAGGGUGCGCCACUGUAUGUAAUGUUGCCCGCUUUGGAUUAUUUAGCAUGCCUUCGCUUAAUAAGCUGAGAUAAGAACGAGACUAUUCCUUUUUCUUUUGUAGGGUGAGUAAUCAAAUCCAAAAGCCACACGUGCCCUCUUUUUUUGGUCUAAAUAGGGAAACUAGGUGCUUCCAGAGGUGUGCUUUGGGUGGGAGUGGUGCUGUUUGUGCACGGAAGCGCUUUUUUUCUUUUUCUUGCAGCAUCCAGGUGGUGAUGUCAUCAAAAGGCCGGUUUGUAUUCUUGCCCCUCCCCAAUUGAACCUAAAUGUACCAUUUCUGGUAAAAAUCUGAUAAGUUUUUCUAAAAAAGAAAAACGAACCUGUUGCCAAUAUCUCUUUUACAGUAUUUAGCCCCCUUCUGGAAGCACCCUGUAAGUCCUAGCGUUGAAACAAUCCAGGAUAUUAAAUCAACUUAUUUAAUGCCCAGGCUUGUUUUGAAGUUGAACGGUAUAGUUUCCCAGUCUGAAUGCUCAUCCUAUGAAGGGAGCAAGUGGGGGGAGGCAAGAGGUUUACUUAUAUAUUGACUUAUUAAGCUGAGAUAUAGUCACCUCUACUUGCCCUGUAUAGCAUGAUAUCAUUUGUGUGACGUGUGUUACCUUCUCUUCUCCUCCUUCCCUUCAUUGGCUUGCAGGGCCACACAUAGUGUGGUGACAUGUUAUGUACUGAGUUAAAUAGGAUCCAAACUGCAGCAGUCUGAUUGGUCCUAGAACAAUAGGAUCCAAAAGGCAGCAGUCUGAUUGGUCCUAGAACAAUAGGAUUCAGAAUGCAGCAGUCUGAUUGGUCCUAGAACAAUGCAGCAGUGUGAUUGGUUGGCAUGAACUACCCAAUCAUGCUCCAGAUAGAAGUGAAUCCACAACCUGAUUGGCUUACAGUAGAAUUCCAGAAUUAGCCAAUCAUGUGCAGCCCAUUGUGUAAAUAAUGUAUAUAAAGCAGAUACUUUGAGGGGACUUUCAUUCAUUCCUCCUCACCAUUAUGAGCUGAACAAAGAGCAUGAAAUCACUUUGCGACUCUGAGUAUAUUUCAUGACAUAAUGCCACUGAUUGCAUUGCACAUGGCAUAACACCAUGGUUUAAUGUUAUGUGAACAAGCCUUGGACGUAACAGCUCUCCCCGAUCUUCCUUGGGCAUGGUUGUGAGGGCAAGAUCGUAAUGUUCUGUCUGAACCCAGACAAAGUGUUGUUUGUCUUAAUUAUGUUGGCUUGUGAAGUCUUCUUUUCCUAAAGUAUAGUUAAAGCUAGCUACAGUUUAGGCACUGGAUGUAACAGUAAACAAUGGUGAAUUAAAAACAGAAGUCAUCCCACAGCUGCAGCAGAGGAGGGCAGAGGAAGGGAGACCAUGCUUGCCCAAGACUCCUUCAUAUAAUGCUAAACCAGCACUUAGCAUUGCAUCUGAACCAGGUCAUUGCCACUAGCUCCCCUCCUCCUCCUCAUCACUGCUGCCUGCUUGCUUAACAGGCAAAGGAGAGGUGAGUGGGAAUGGUAAGCAGCAUGAGCAGCUGCUUUCAGAUGGGUAUUUGGUGUGGGAGUGGGGCUCCUCAUGCAUGGAAGCAUUUUGAAGCCUCCAGACGAUCUUCUUGGCAUUAAAAUGCCAGCCUGUAUCCCCCCUCCCAACACAAAAGGGCUGCAGGGUUGUGAGCUUCAGUAAAUGGGCAGGGCAGCUUUUGGGUAAUGAAAAAAGAACCUGAAUCUUUGGGGAGAUGGCUAGGAAAUGUAGUUUUGUUAUUGAUCUCCUCCCUCUGUCUUUUUGGUUAGCGUGUUUGUUUGUGACUGCCUGAACAAAUUCAUUGGGCUAAAUAUUUUUUUUAAGUCAGGACACAAGAAAUGGAGUCCCAAGAAAUAAGCUUGAACCGCUAUCGCAUGCAGCGCACAGCAACACUGGCCCAGGAAGUUCUGGAGCGGGCAAGAACACGGAAGUUGAACUGGCCAUUGCCUGCUACAUUUGAAAGGAGGGCUUUUCAGGUAAGUGCUGUAACCAAAGGCAGCUGCUUCCAUACCUGAGCCUUUUAAUGCUACCGAGAAGCUGCUGUUCCAUUGUGAGUAAGUUGUAAUAAUACCUAAACAGAGCUGAAUGUCCUCUGCGUACUUCUGCCCCACUAUGGUUAAGAGCUCGGUUUCACUCCAGAUGCACCAACAAAGAGAUUAGACAAAGUUACUCAGGGGUGGUGCAUCCAAUUUUGCCACUUGAGGCAAAAUGGGAAGUGCCACCUUGCCACUGACUAUGACUCCAUAACUGCUACUGCGCACCCUGUUCCAUCUGCUGGCAAAGAAGCACCACAGCCAUUAUAGCCCAUUUCAGGCAAGAUCGUGCUGAUUUUGAGUGAGCUCUUGCAUGCUCUGCAAGAUUUUGGGUAAGGUCUCGCCCAAAGUGGAUGUGAUCUUGCCUGAAAUCAGCGCUGAUGGGCUUGCUUGGGGGGCUUUGCCACCUGAGGCAGCGACUUCACCCUGCCUCUUAGCUGGGCCGACUCUGGUGUCAUCUAAUGAUUCUUUGGGGUUCCCAUUUUUCCCAUUAUUCCCAGCCAUUGGCCUUGCUGGCUGGGGCUGAUGGAGUUGGAGUACAGCAACAGCUGGCUAUUCUGGUUCCAGAUGAUAAGGCCUUGUCUGCUUCUGUUGUGUAUCUUACAAGAUUGCUUGUAUAACUAACUGAACAGGGGGUGCUACUUGGCUCAUUACAAAGAUUGCUAAAUAUAAUUGUCACUGUAGAUACUGCCUUUUCUCAAAGGUUUGCCCUGCAUGUAGGUAUGUAAAAUAUUAUUUCAUGUGCCAUCUGUGUUUUCCUUUACCUGUUACCUUUUUGCCCACAUUUUCUUUCUUGAAUCAUCAAGCAAGUUAUUUUUGCCUGCCAUUUGUUAAACGUGGGACUCUGAAUAAGACAGAAAAUGUCAGGUAAAACCAAAUGGGAGGCAAACAGUUGUUGUUGUUUCAUUUGUUAAAAUGACACAUACUCAGUCCACAGCAAACUGUACAAGACUGAAAUCUUUUCUGAAGCAGCAAUAAUCCAAAAGAAACCACUCAAAUGUUCUCGUGGGGUGGUGAAUGCUUCCCUCCAUGAGGGAGCCUUCCCAGACCCGCUGAAAGAGGCGGUUAUUAAACCGCUUCUUAAAAAACCAUCUUUAGAUGUGGCCACGAUGGCCAACUAUCGCCCAGUCUCAAAUCUUCCAUUCUUGGGCAAGGUGAUUGAGCGAGCGGUUGCUGAACAACUCCAGGCACGCCUGGAAGAAGCGGACCAUUUGGAUCCCUUCCAGUCAGGAUUCAGGCCUCAUCAUGGGACUGAAACUGCCUUGGUCGCACUGGUUGAUGAUCUCCGGUGGGCUAGGGACAAAGGUGAGAGCUGUUUCCUAGUUCUGCUGGAUCUCUCAGCGGCGUUUGAUACCAUCGACCAUAACAUCCUUCUGGACCGUCUUGAGGGGCUGGGAGCUGGAGGCACUGUCAUACAGUGGUUCUGCUCCUUCCUCCUGGGCCGUGUUCAGAAAGUGGGGGGGGGGAUGAGUGUUCAGACCCCUGGGCUCUCACUUGUGGGGUGCCUCAGGGUUCUGUCCUCUCCCCCAUGCUUUUCAACAUCUACAUGCAGCCGCUGGGAGAGAUCAUCAGGAGGUUUGGACUGGGUGUUCAUCAGUAUGCGGAUUAUACCCAGCUCUACCUCUCUUUUAAAUCAGAACCAGUGAAGGCGGUGAAGGUCCUGCGUGAGUGUCUGGAGGCGGUUGGAGGAUGGAUGGUGGCUAACAGAUUGAGGUUGAAUCCUGACAAGACAGAAGUACUGUUUUUGGGGGACAGGAGGCGGGCAGGUGUGGAGGAUUCCCUGGUCCUGAAUGGGGUAACUGUGCCCCUGAAGGACCAGGUGCGCAGCCUGGGAGUCAUUUUGGACUCACAGCUGUCCAUGGAGGCACAGGUCAAAUCUGUGUCCAGGGCAGCUGUUUACCAGCUCCAUCUGGUACGUAGGCUGAGACCCUAUCUGCCUGUGGACUGUCUCGCCAGAGUGGUGCAUGCUCUGGUUAUCUCCCGCUUGGACUACUGCAAUGCACUCUACGUGGGGCUACCUUUGAAGGUGACUUGGAAACUACAACUAAUCCAGAAUGCGGCAGCUAGACUGGUGACUGGCGGCGGCCGCCGAGACCAUAUAACACCGGUCUUGAAAGACCUACAUUGGCUCCCAGUACGUUUCCGAGCACAAUUCAAAGUGUUGGUGCUGACCUUUAAAGCCCUAAACGGCCUCGGCCCAGUAUACCUGAAGGAGCGUCUCCACCCCCAUCGUUCUGCCCGGACACUGAGGUCCAGCACCGAGGGCCUUCUGGCGGUUCCCUCACUGCGAGAAGUAAAGCUACAGGGAACCAGGCAGAGGGCCUUCUCGGUAGUGGCGCCCGCCCUGUGACAUCCAGCAGAUGUCAAAGCGAUAAACAACUACCUGACAUUCAGAAGACAUCUUAAGGCAGCCCUGUUCAGGGAAGUUUUUAACGUGUGAUAUUUUACUGUAUUUUUGGUUUCUAUGGAUUCCGCCCAGAGUGGCUGGGGAGGCCCAGCCAGAUGGGCGGGGUAUAAAUAAUAAAUUAUUCUUAUUCUUAUUAUUCUCUUUACUUCAGAAACUAAGAGGAUUUUUUUCAAUACCAGAAAUGGAACUGAAAUGAAAAUCUCUCCAUAAAACUAAAAUGUAAAAAUGUCAUGCUACCCCUUUAGAGGAUUUGUAGUGUCUCCUCAUAACCCUUGAUGUGCAUGAAGUCAAGGCAGGGUGGGUGAGCAAAGGAACAGAAUUCUUCCAUAACUCUUAGGGUAAGGGAAUAGAAUUCUGCCACAACUCUCAAUAUCCUGUUUCUUUGAUUGGAUAGCUGCAGGAAGCACUUGAUAAUAGCUUAUAAUAAUCCUCAGAUAUUGGAUAAAGAGCUGCAAGUAGUAGUUCAGAAUCUUUUGCUACUGUCCAUGAGCAACUGUGGUUCAUCAUGUUAUCAGAACCCUGGCAACCGGUGGUUAAGCUUAACUGGUUUGUCUGAAACUUCAAACCACAGUUUGUUUUCGUAGAGCUAUAUCCUGCCUCUCUUCAGCCAUGGAACCCAAAGCAGUGUUCAUGUGUUUUCCAAGUAGUCACCCAUCCAGGCACUGAGCAGACGCAAGCCUUAUGUGGCUUCAGACCCUAUGAAGCCGGUUUCUUUCAAGAAAAUAUACCGUAGUUAAAAUAGCCACAGUUUAAGGUUUAGCUCAGAUCGGCUGAAACUCAGCAUAUGCCUUGGAACCCUGUGUCUAUUUUGGUUUUGCUCUGAGGAAUGAGCAUGUUGCCAUUGCAAAGUAACAGACACAGAAGCAUUGGUUUAAACAGGAUAUCUUCCUAUAGUAGCAGCUGUGCAUAGGAAGGAACAGUCAUUUUGAUGAUGACAUAGCUGCAAGCCUAACUAAUUUCUUGCUAUAUCUAAUGUAAGCAUAUGCUCCUUUUUGGCCCUGAGGGUUCUUCCAUCAUCUCCCACCAGUAAUUGGAUUAAGUCUAAAUAUACAUUUCCUAGGAAAGUGCCACUGUCUUCCCUCCAUGUGAGUUCUGAUUAGCCAGAGACCUCAUGACCUUUAUUUAGGGAAACAUAUUGAUAUGUUUAAUAGUAAUUCUGUUAACUAGUAUCUAAUGUUCCUUCCAUGGGGUCACGAAGAAUCGGACACGACUAAACAACAACAACAAAAUGUUCCUUCUGUCCAGAACUGUUAUUAAAGCGGUUGCCCAUUGUGUUAGAGCUAAUGCCAGAAAACCUGUUUCCUACAACUGGACAUCUUACAGAUCCAAAAUAUGUCCACAAACCCUGUGUUUCAUGCCUGCUGUAAUACUUGGAUGCCUUCAGGGGCCAUAGUUUGACCUUUCCCUUGCCUUUUCUCCCUGUUUACCUGCCUCUCAUCUGUGUUUAUUUUCUUUGGAUUAGUCAGGAGCAUCGUGGAAAGCAACAGCCACUGCUACAUAUCAUGUAAGAAAUGCCUUUUUCUGUUUUUGAAACGUUAUUAACUAGAAUCUAAGGAAGCUAGGGUUGGAAUCAGCACUCCCUAGGAAGGCUUGCCUGCCUUCAGUCACCCCAUCACAUCCUGAGCCAACAGUGUCCUUUCAGAGGAUAGAGGAAAACAUGCAAGUUUUCACCUUCUGCUUAUAAAGGGCUCACCACCCAAAUGAAUUGAUUACACUACAAAGAACCUUGGGUUCAGUUACAGCCAUGCCACCACAAGUCAUGGUGAAACUUUAGAAAUCACUUCUGUUCACUCUCCCUUACUCAUGAGAAGUGAUUAUUAGUGUCUUCUCUUUCCAAUCCCUAGUUUUCUCAUUUCCUUAAUCUUGCUGUCUGCUAAUACUUGCAUUAACCAACACCCAGUCUUUUGCAUUUCAGCUUUUCCCUUUGAGGGUUUAGGAUUCCACUGCAACUCAGCUGGUUUUUUAGUACCUGAUCCAUGCAAGGCGAAUUAUUCUCCUCCCAUCUUCACCUAGCUCAGUAAUACCAAUAAAGUGGUACCUCAGGUUAAGGACUUAAUUCGUUCCGGAGCUCCAUUCUUAACCUGAAACUGUUUUUAACCUGAAGCACCACUUUAGCUAAUGGGACCUCCUGCUGCCACCGCGCUGCCGGAGCACGAUUUCUGUUCUCAUCCUGAAGCAAAGUUCUUAACCUGAAGCACUAUUUCUGGGUUAGCGGAGUCUGUAACCUGAAGCGUGUGUAACCUGAGGUACCACUGUAUAAAUUUAUAGAUCAGGCAGCUUUUGGUAGCCUGUAACUUUUUUUUUAACAACUAGCCAUCUUGCUAUUCUACAUUUCUCUAUUGUAUUGAUACUUCCAAGCUGCAAAAUCAUUUAACUCACUGCCAACCAUUUCGUGAAAAGAAAACAUUUCAUAUUCAUUUUGACAAUAUUUGUUGGUUCUCGAUCAUUUUUCCAAGUAAGCAAGGCAGUAUUUCUAAAUUGUCACCAUUGUGGUGGGCAAUUUUCUCUAGAUUAAAGCUCUCCAAUGCUGUGCCUCUGUGAAUAUAUGUGUAAGAUACAGGCUCAUGUGUAUGUGUGAAUAGACUCGCAAGUAGAUCCAACAGCAUAUAUAGAACACUAAACUGUAGUUAAUGAAAACCAAAGCGAAAGUUUUCCUUCUACAGUGGUGGAGGAUAAUGGAGGGGGGAACUCAAGCCUGAGGCUUGCUAUGACUUGUUCCUAUCACAGUAAACUAUAAUUUAUUAUGGAGAUUUCAGUAUAAAAAAUGGCAUGCAAACACAACCGCUGUGUUGCCCUUUAGGGCUGUAUAUUUCCCAUUGUUUUCAUAGUGACAGGACAUUUUGUUUCAUGGAAACAGGAAGGCGAGGAUGAAGAUGCAUGUCUUGCUGCUGCUUUUGCUUCUGUUGCUGAACACAUGGGCCGCAUCUCAGCAGAAUGCGAGGUAAAUGGUUCUUGAGAUGGAAGCAAUGACUGCUGUGCUGGGAGUCAAGUACAGAAGCUUGAGUGACAACUAUUAGGGACAUAGGAAGCUGCUUUACAUACCAUUGGUCGAUGUAGCUCAGUACUGUCUUCACCAACUGGCAGUGGCUCUCCAGGGAUUUAGGCAGGAGUCUCUCCAGGCCCGGAUAUUGAAUCUGACACCUUUUGCGUGCAAAGCAUGAGUUCUACCAGCAAGCCAUUUGAAGGCUUUAUUGCAACUGCAUUUUAGGAAAUACCAGUUUAUACUGUGUCGAAUUAUCAAAACUCAAUGGGCUGAAGGAACACAAAAUCGCCAUCAAGCAAGUCUGGAUUCUGUUCCAUGAGUAUCUUUGUCAGCUUCCUCAGAGAUCCCUUUGACAGGGUGGAAAUGUUCAGGAUUUCCCCCCUCCCAUAAAUCAUUUAUCAUGUCUAACACGAAAGAGGAGGGGUAAGGAGCCAUGCUUAGUAUUGAACCCUACCUAGCCAGCCCUCCAUCUUCCCUGAGACUUCAGAGAUUUCACCAGGUGUUGACCACACACUUUCAAGCCGACAUUCAGGCAUAUUUUAUUUCAGCCUUGUAUUUAACAAGGCUCUUGCAGCUAGAAAGUCCAUGCAAGAUCAGCCUGUUCCUCCUUUGAUAGCCUGUAUAGCUACUGUGAUAGCUGUAGAAAGAGGAAAGACACUUUCUCCCUAGUCGGCAUGGGACCACAGUGGGCUAGCGGAAGAGGAAUGGAGCAGCUUGGCAGAAGAGGCAAGCUUUUUCUUACUAUCCUGCUGAGAGCUGAAGCCUGCAUUUCUGAGAUUUCCUGCCUCCAUGGCCAACAUGGAGAAACAGGCUGUUAAGUUUCUUUGCAGGCUAGUAACUUUUGUGGGAUUAUUGGCAGGGCUUUCAUUUUGACAUUUCUAAGGGUUGUGGGCUUCUUCUGACUUCACAGUAGCAAUUUCUACACUGGUUUAAUUACCCCAACACUUCCAAGCGCUUGCUCUGAGGGCAGCGAUCAGCGUGGGCCAAAUAUGAAUCAAGAGACCUCCCAAUUUCCCACUGUCAGGAAAGGGAUCCAACCACAUGGAGCAGAAUGCGGGAGGAGGAGUUGGUCAUCUUAUUUAUAGCAGAGAUGGGAAAGCUGUGACCCUGUAGAUGUUUUUGGACUCCAACUCCCAUCAGUCCUGGCCAGCAUGGCCAAUAGUCAAGGAUGGUGGCAGCUGUAGUCCAGCAACAUCUGGAAGGCCACAGGUUCCUAACCCCUGAUUUACAGUACCAAACACAGGCAUUUCUGCCUGACAAAGUCCUUUCACAUUUGUCCUUCUGGUGGCAGCAGAGACGAGGGAAUUGUUGCUCACAUCUUCAUGGGGCAGGCCCACAUUAAGACAUUUCAUUAUUUUAGCACCACACAUCUUGCUUUAGUAAUGUUUUCUUCUUCAACUCUGUUCCAGAACUAUUACUGUUGCGUACCACCAUUUCAAUUCAAAGAGUACGAAGUUGCACAUAUAUUCAGAUACCACAGCAGGGAGUCAUCUGCAAACUUGCUAAAGGCAAUUGAAAAUGAGGUGAGUGUACUGAACAUAAUUCUCCUUUUAAGCUAGGAAUGGCUAAACUGCAGCCCCCAACCCCCAAAUUACACCUUGAGGGCCACAGGUUAGCCAUCCCUAUUUUAAGCAAAGAUAUGUCGUCCAAGGGUCAGCUUACUCAAAGGAGUCUUUUGAUGCCACUUCAACCAAGCCUCUGCUAAUCUUCUAAAUGACAUAUAAAUUUGUAAUUUAUUUGGAAGAAUUUUCCAACAUUGCCUUAAGGGGCAUUUUGUUAUCAGUAUGGACAUCUCCUGUGGACAUCUUCCUACUGUAUUAUCCUAUCCUUCCAGAAUUAUCCUUCCCAGGAGAGGCCCGGGCACUCUGCAGGCCCCGCAGUAAGUGCCGUCCCCAGUCUGCCCCCCUGCACCCCCAAAUAUGCCUCUAAAGCUGCUACAGACGCCUUCUUGAUACUUGCUUUGUGCUGAUUUGGAUUAGGUCUGUUUGCUUGAGGCUGGUGGAUAGGCUGAACUUGGUCACAUCCAGCUUGAGAUCCAUAAACUAUAUCUGCUCUCUCUAGGAAAGUAAAAAUGUCCCAAUAGUGGAAGAACCUGGUUGUCCUGAUACAGAUACAGCUGCUUUAAUUCCAGCAGAGAAUGCUGAACAUAAAAUAAAAGCAAGUAUAAGUUCACUUAAUAUUUUAAGGUUUUUGUGGGUUUUGUUUUUAUCUGUGCAGGGUGCACAGGCAUUCAGUUGCUUGAUGAAUUAGAAUGCAUAGUGCUUCUGGAAUGAAAGAAAUGGUAUUGGUUUUUACAUGGAGGAACCCACAAACACAAUCCAUGGUGACUUCCCCUCCCAGCUCCAUCAGCUCCUGAAAAUAAUCAGAAUUCUUUGUUAGCUACAGUAAUUUCAUUUUAAAAUUUUAUUUAUUUAAAACUUCUUUAUAUUGUCUUACAUUUAAAAACAGGUGGUGGUUGUUUAGUCGUUUAGAGCAAUAGCCACAGGAGUCUUACGGGACAAACACAGCAAUCUGGUAUUAAUGAGCUGCAAAGGUCUGGGAGAACAUAUGUAUUUUUUGCAGGUUCUGGAAACCCAAGUACAGUAGGGAGGAUCCUGUUCCAAAGGGUGGGCACCAUAACAGAAAAGGCCCUCCCCCUUUUUGCUGCAGCAUGGACCUCAGCAGACUGUGGCACAACCAGGAAGACUUUAUUAGAUCAUAGUAGGUCUUUAUGGGAGAAGGUUUUCUCUCUGGACUCAAAUUGUUUAGGGCAUGGUAGCCCUACGUUUAGCACAUCCUGGAUUCACCUCUAUACACACACACACACACCUGGCUAUCUCAAAGGAAGCAAUGAUGGACAAAGGUCAAGGGGGCACUUGGCCAGCUGAACUUUACUUUAGCCCACAUUCUCAAGCUCAAGCUGAUCCACAAAAGCUGACUAGAUGGAGUGUCAGGCACAUCACUCAGACAUGUUACUGUGGUGUCCUAGGUCUUGAAGGCAGGCAAUUUUGUCCACAAAGUGCCUUGGAAACUUCCAAACACAACCAAUCAAUAAGUCACCCUCUGGUUAUGCAGUAUGUAGAAAUAUAAAUCUCACACCACCACCAGCACAUCUUACAAGAGGAGGAUGUCCUUACAGUUAUCCAGACACCAAAUACCCCACCCAACCAUACAAUUCACCUGACUUACGCUUGGGAGCCUCUCCCUCCAACCACCAGUCAAGCUCUCACCUGGACAGCUGCUCUCCAGAUACCCCUGGCUCUCACCCAGAGGUGUCUUUUCACAUUCAGCCUCACCCAUAGCUCUCACCUAAAGUGACAACACUUCAUUGAGCAACCCACUUCACCAGUCAGCCAAGGGGAUGGCAUCCCUUUGUGUUACCACAAGGGCAAGGGUGCCAAAUGUUGUCUAAGCAUCUCAGAGCUGCCACUCUCUUCCUCUCUCACCACCAGCAUUCUUGGUCUUGUCAGUUGUCUUCUAGGACAAUUUGAGUUUUGCAUCUUUGCAUUCAUAUGCUGUGGUUAAGAAAUUUGAUGAGAAUUUUUUUUGUCCAAAUAGUUAAACAUUUAUUUUAGUAGUUGGAGCUAUUUAGCAUAAGAACAUGAAUGGGGUUUUGAUUUGAAAAAUCUUGACAUGUAUAUUUUAUAUUCAGGAUAUCUACAUUGAAGUUUCUCCUGGCACCUACACAGUCUCUGCCUCUUCGUAUGACAACACAGUCAAACAAACACAUCUGGUAGAUGUUCGGUCAGGAGAAAGCGUAAAUUUGACCUUUGAUUUAUGA